GACAUUACACAAGCUAAGGCUACAAAAAUGGAGAAAAAUUAUUUCCCAUGCAAAGUUAGUGAUGUAUUGGGUGAAUCAAGAAAAGAUGAGAUAGCGCCAAAACUAGUGCAGGAGAUUGCCCAAAAAAUGGAGGAUAUUCCAGAAAGAUUUCUCCUUAAAAAUGAUAAAAUAUCUCCAGCCAUUGAUCCUCCUUCCAAUUUGUGGAAUGACACUUUGUUAAUUGAUUUUUCUCUUCUUUCCUCUCAGUCUUUGUCAUCCUCAUCAGCUCAGGAUGAACUCUCCAAGCUCCAUUAUGCUCUCAGCCAUUGGGGUUGUUUCCAGGUGAUAAACCAUGGGAUGACAAGUUCAUUCCUAGACGAGUUGUUGAACGUUUCGAAACAGUUUUUUGCACUUCCAUUAGAGGAAAAGUUGAAGUGUUCAAUAACUGAAGAUGAUUACUUCAAUGGAUAUGGAAAUUCCUCACUUAUUUCUGGUGAUACCAAAUCUCUCAACUGGAAUGAUAGACUCUUUCUUAAACUUUAUCCCCAAGAUUUUCGUCAAAUUAAACUAUGGCCUGAAAAUCCCAACAAUUUCAGAGAGAUACUAGGUGAAUAUUCAUUGGGAAUGAAGAGGAUGUUAAAGGUGAUCCUUCAAGCCAUGGCACACUCUUUGAAAAUAGAAGAAGAUAGCUUCUUAAAUCUACAUAAUGAAGAGCGAGGAGUGAUUGGAAUAAGAUUUGGAAUGUACCCACGUUGUCCAUGCCCAGAUCGAGUUUAUGGAGUUCAUCCACAUUCAGAUGGAUCAACCAUUACAAUACUCUUACAGGACAAUGAUGUUCCUGAUGAAGCCUUACAUAUUCUCAAAGAUGAUAAGUGGUACAAAGUUCCUAAUAUUCCUGGAGCUCUUUUUGUUAAUGCUGGUGACUUUGCUGAGAUAAUGAGUAAUGGCAUUUUCAAGAGUGUAGUACACAGGGUGGUGCCUAAUUCAAAGACCGAGAGGGUCUCAGUGGCUUCAUUUUGUGUUCCAGACUUUGAAGGUGAAGUUGAACCUAUUAAUGAACUCAUAAGUCCUAAUAAACCCCAGUUGUACAACAAGAUUCUUAUCCAAACUUACAUUAAAUUGUUCUUUGAGACUUACCCUCUGGGCAAGCAGGUGCUUGAUACUCUCAAAAUAUAACUCACUACUCAGAAGAUGGGCAAAUAGCUCGGCCCCUCUUUUUAUGGGUUUUUCUGUUCGCUGGAGUUUUUAUGUCGCUGGUCUAGAGUCCCUUUAAUAAUCGGUGUUUUCAAUAAUAAAAUCCUCCAACUUUAAAAAAAAUGUAUCUCAUGUCAAGACUAUUUAGUUCGUUUGCUAUGUUUAAACUAGUAUUUUUCUUCUGAGAGUUUUUUGAACUUUGUUUGAUGUAAUGUAUAAUAAUUAUGCCAAAAUUUUUUGCGCAUUUGAAUAAUGUAUUUAUGUUAAUUUAAUUUGUAUCUUUUUGAUA